AUGGGAGCACCACCUCUUGUGAGUUACUUUAUAUGCUGGCCCCAUUUUUCAGUCCUCCACAACACUCUGUUGAAACCACCAGCUGAUUUCAAUGUACUUUCUCUCUCCAGUGAGGAUGAAUGCUACCUCUACGGUGUCUUCAAUGGAUACGAUGGGAGUCGAGUCUCGAAGUUUGUAACGCAGAGGUUGACAGCAGAGCUGUUGCUGGGACAGCUGACUCUCAGUCACAAUGAUGCUGACAUCCGCAAGGUGCUAUUGCAGGCAUUUGACGUGGUGGAACGCAGUUUCUUUGAAUCAAUUGAUGAUUCUCUGGCGGAUAAGGCCAACUUGCUGUCUCAACUUCCCGAGGGUGUUCCUCACUCCCAGCUUCCACAGCAGUAUCAGAAACUCCUGGAGAGACUCAAUAAAGUUGAACAGGAGAUUGCAGGAGGAACAACUGCCAUUGUAGCCCUCAUUCUCAACAACAAACUCUACAUCGCCAAUAUAGGCACCAACCGAGCAUUGCUGUGUAAAUCCACUGCAGAUGGACAACUCCAGGUGACUCAAGUUAGCGUUGAUCACACGACAGACAAUGAGGAUGAGCUAUUCCGGCUGUCACAGCUUGGUUUGGAUCCAACAAAAAUAAAACAGUUUGGGCUGAUUGGAGGUCACGACAGCAGUCGCAGGAUUGGAGAUUACAGAAUGAAAUACAGUUACAGUGAUGUGGAAAUGCUGAGUGCUGCCAAGACAAAACCAAUUAUUGCAGAGCCUGAGAUACACGGAGGACAGGCCCUGGAUGGAUUGACAGGCUUUCUGGUCUUGAUGACCGAUGGAUUGUAUAAGGCCCUGGAGGCAGCUCACGGUCCAGGACAAGCUAACCAGGAGAUUGCUGCAAUGGUGGCGACAGAGUUUGCCCUGCAGAGCUCACUGGAUGCUGUGGCCCAGGCUGUGGUUGACCGGGUUCGACGGAUACAUCGCGACACUUUUGUCAGUAGAGGUGAAAGGUCAAAGUUCUGUGACAAACACGAGGACAUGACCCUCCUGAUACGAAACUUCAACUACCCUCUUGGGGAAAUGAGCCAAUCGUCUAUGAGCCCUGCACCAGGGGGUCGAAUCUAUCCAGUCUCUGUUCCCUACACCAGCACACAGGGAACGCUUGGAAAAACUAGUGUCACUCUCUCCCUAGUGAUGCCAUCCCAGAAUCAGAUGAUGAAUGGUAACCAUAGCAACUCAACAGGAGAUGAGACAACACCCACACUCACCAACAGUCAAAGUCCAACUGCAACGCUGCAGUCAACCAACACACACACUCACAGCAGCAGCUCCAGCUCGGGUGAUGGGCACAGCCACCUGUUUCACCGUCACCGACUCCCUCAGACCCUGCAACCUGACCAGGAUGGUCGUGUUGAGCCGUAUGUCGACUUUCUGGAGUUCUAUCGCCUCUGGACCAUGGACCACUGCGAGCAGACGGUGGCUGGAGGCCAGUAAGAGAGUGCUGAGCACUGCCUCUGGUACGGCUAGAGCUGCUGGGAGAGUCUGGGUUGCGCUUCCAGAAAAGCUCUCACCCUGAGCUCCCAGUGACGAGUCGGAGCUGAACGGCAGCUAAAGUUCCCUUGUGGUUUUGUUUCUCAAGGACAUUGUUACAAACCUCUGAGAAAUUCCAAGUUGGAGAAUGAGUAAGUCAAUCCCCUGAUUGCUGACUGGUCCCCUGAACAACUGAGCGGUUGAGGGUUCUGUGUCAGUGCUGUCCUCAGAAGAGGAAUCCAUAAUCAGCGAGUUCCUGGACCCACAGACACUGAAGCUGCAGGUGGUGCUGUAUGUCAGGGAGCCCUGCCAUCUUGGCACCUGAGAUUUGUUCAGAAGUUUUCUGUGCGUCUUGACAUAGCAGCCUUGACCUCAAACCCAGCUGAGAAGUGCUCAGCUCGAUGUGCUGGCCCUCCUGUUCACUCUCAGUGCCGUUUGGGUAAGCUGCUGUCAUACUGGCUGGUUCCUUACUGAGUUUGCCAGGGCCACUGGUAAGGGCACUAACAUUGGACUCCGCACUCUGUGGGCAGAGGGAAAGUGUCACAUCAGGGACAGACCAGCUUCAGCCAUGAUGCCCUCCACGUUCCAUUAGGAUGUCUACUGCCACCUGAUGGAUGUGAGCUGAAAGAGAUGCACCCUUUGGCAGAGGGGGGGCUCGAGUGGGGAAAGGGUUGGUCUUGGGGCACAGGACGUGACAGUCCUGAAGGGGCACUGUUACAGAAACAGAUUGGCCAGAGUUUGGUUGAGAUUUUGCUCCAGAGAGAAUGUGCUUCCCCCAGUCUAUUCUAAAUGACAAUUGGGAUGUUGAAAUCAUAGAAUCCCUCCAGUGUGGCCCAACAAGUCCACACUGACCCUUAGAAGAGAAUCCCAACCAUAUCCAUUCCCCCCCCUAUUAGUCUAUAUUUCCCAUGGCCAAUUCAUCUGGCCUGCACAUCUUUAGACUGUGGGAGGACACCGGAGCACCCGGAGGAAACCCACGCAGACACUGGGAAAACGUGCAAACUCCACACAUAGUCGCCCGAGGCUGGAAUCGAACCCGGGGCCCUGGCAUUGUGAGGCAGCAGUGCUAACCACUGAGCCACCAUGCUGCCCUUAGUUUUCCUAUAGUGGGUUCAGCUUGGUUUGUAGCCUGUCUGUAACUCUGUAUUUGCUGUCUGUUCUGGCUGUUAUAAUGGCAUGUCUUCUGCUAUUGCCCAUUGGGCUUGAAAGGUUUAUCUGUCUCUGACCUUCCCUAAGGUUUUCUGCAUUUCCUGGAGUUUCUCCAUAUCUGCCCUUCCUCCCUCUUGAGCCAGUGCAGCUUGUGUUUUCUGUUUAUCGAUUCCACUGAUUGAUUCAUUGCCAAUCGCUUUACUUUGAUUUUGUUCCUAGCAUGUAUUUAUAACGUGUUUUCUGCAUUUAAGGGUGUUCUUCUGUGGUUAAAAAUCCUGCAAUUUACCAACUUCAGUCUCCUCUUCGUGUUGACUUUUUUCAUUAAUCAAACUUCCUGUUCUUAGGGUUUCUUUUCCUCCAACUGCAUCAAUUAAACUUUAACGAUCUAUGAAUUAUUUAUAAAUGAUCUGUACAUACCCUGCACAGGCAGUCAGGUCUCCAAAUAAACCAGAACUCAAUCUGCGGGA